UUCGGCAGUUGAACCGCUCGCGAGGAGGGGUGUCUGUGGAGAAGCAACCUUGACCAUGGACCAGCCUGCUGGCCUGCAGGUCGACUACAUCUUCCGGGGCGUGGAGCAUGCCGUGCGGGUGGUGGUUUCUGGGCAGGUGUUGGAGCUGGAAGUGGAGGACCGGAUGACGGCUGACCAGUGGAGGGGCGAGUUUGAUGCCAGCUUCAUUGAAGAUUUGACUCACAAGACAGGGAACUUCAAACAGUUCAACAUCUUCUGUAACAUGCUGGAGUCGGCCCUCACACAGAGCAGUGAGUCAGUCACCUUAGACUUGCUGACCUACACAGACCUGGAGUCCCUGCGGAACCGCAAGAUGGGGGGCCGUUCAGGCCCCACGGCCCCCAGAUCGGCUCAGCUCAAUUCCAAGCGGUACCUGAUCCUCAUCUACUCUGUGGAAUUUGACAGGAUUCACUACCCACUGCCCCUCCCGUACCAGGGCAAGCCAGACCCUGUGGUCCUGCAGGGCAUCAUUCGCUCACUGAAGGAAGAGCUGGGCCGCCUACGAGGGCUGAAUGGCCCAGACACUCGGGACAGCCGGGAGACUGAGAUCUGGCACCUGCGGGAGCAGGUGUCGCGCUUGGCAUCUGAGAAGCGUGAGCUGGAGUCCCAGCUGGGCCGAUCGCGGGAGGAGGCUCUGGCUGGGCGGGCGGCGCGCCAGGAGGCCGAGGCACUGCGGGGACUCGUACGGGGCCUGGAGUUGGAGUUGCGGCAAGAACGUGGCCUCGGGCACAGGGCUGUGGGUCCCCGCCGCAGCCAGGACUGCCGCCGCCUGGCUAAGGAGCUAGAGGAGGUGAAGGCAUCAGAGCGGAGCCUGCGCUCACGGCUGAAGACACUGAACAGCGAGCUGGCCCUUUACAAAAGGGGUCCCAGGGGACGAACUCCGCCAGUGGUGCAGCCACUAGCCCGGGAGGACCAGGCUUCAUCCCACGAGCGCUCCACCUCUCGUGGCCGUGGUGCUACUCGAUCUUCAUCCCGGGAGAGUGGCCGCGGAAGCCGGGGUCGGGGCCGUCCUUCCCGCUCCUCACCCUCACCCACAGGUGGUCGUGCUCUCCGUUUUGACCCCACAGCUUUUGUGAAAGCCAAGGAAAAGAAGCAGAGAGAGAUCAAGAUGAAGCAACAGCAGCAGCAGCGGAACCGAUUGGGCAGUGGAGGAAGUGGAGAAGGUCCGUCUAUCUCAUGGUCUCGCCACACUCGGCCCUCUGCUGCCAUGACUGGCCGAGGGGAUGCAGCUAACCGCUCCCGAAACCGCAGCUCCUCGGUGGACAGUUUCCGCAGCCGCUGCUCCUCCGCCAGCUCCUGUAGUGAGUUUGAGGAUUUCUCAGAGUCGCUCUCCAGAGGCAUUCGUCGCCGUCGGAAGCCUCCUAGCCCCACACCCUGGAAUGGGUCCAAUGUGAAGUCUACCCCCUUGGAACGCAACCACCAUCAGAGGCGCCUGGCCAACUCAGGUGGCUGGGUCCCCAUCAAAGAGUACAGCUCAGACCACCAGGCAGCUGACAUGGCUGAAAUUGAUGCCCGCCUGAAGGCCUUGCAGGAAUACAUGAACCGACUGGACACGCGGUCGUGACUGUGGAGAGGGGGUACUGCCCCUCCAUUCUCCAGCCACUGCUGGGUAUGGUGUGGUGGGUGGGCCAGGGUAGCCUUCCAGUCCCCCCCCAGGCCCCACCCCUCCUGGUGCUCCUGGGGUCUAGGAUAUGAGAGGCCCUGACCUCCUCCUCUCCCUAGGCAAGGCAUGCUGGGAGGGAGGAUAUGUGCAUUUUGUAAAUAAACAUUUGCUUUUGGGA